CGCGAUGACGUCACCCGGAAGACUCGGGCGGAGUUCCAUGUCAACUUCGGCCCCGGGACUCUUGUUUGCGGUGGCGAUGUUCGGGCGGUCGAAGAAGUGACAACAUGCCUGUGGAGAGUCGGCCGCUCCGGGACGCGUCCUUACAUUUCCGUGUGCUGCAGCAGUAUCUGUUUCUCCUGAAGAAAUACCCCGUCCUCACCAAGUCGGUGACGAGUGGCAUCCUCUCAGCCUUAGGAAAUCUUCUGUCUCAGAUUUUGGAGGCGAGAAAAAAGGCCAAAACCGGAGCCCCGGUCAGUGAGCUGGAGACGGCCGGAGCUGCACGCUACGCCAUUUAUGGAUUGUUUAUUACAGGACCGGUGAGCCACUUCUUCUACCAGCUGAUGGAGACGUGGCUGCCCGCCACCGACCCAUACUGUAUAGUCAAACGGCUGCUACUGGAUCGGCUCUUUUUUGCCCCCGGCUUCCUGCUCAUUUUCUACUUCGUUAUGAACAUCCUGGAGGCGAAAGGGCGGGAAGACUUUGAGAAGAAGAUGAGGGGAAGUUAUUGGACUGCUCUGAAGAUGAAUUGGAAAGUUUGGACUCCCUUUCAGUUCAUCAAUAUCAACUUUGUGCCUGUUCAGUUCAGAGUGCUGUUCGCCAACAUGAUCGCCUUAUUUUGGUAUGCCUACCUUGCAUCAGUGAGGAAAUGAGGCUUCCGAAGAAAACCAAUCUGGAGGAAUCUGUCUUCACAGUGGCUUUGUGGCAUACAAAGCAGGCUGCUUAAUGUACGACGCUAAACCUGUUCCUAAUCUGGUCUAUAAUUUUCAAUUUAAUCCACUAUAACAGUUUCCUGUCUUGUUUUGGAAACAUGACUGUGUUUGUGAUAAUAGAACAUAUUAAAUGUAACAAUGGCAAUAAUGAAUUUCUCUUUUUACAGUAACCAGUUAACAAAGUUUUACUAUGUUGUAUUUGUCAGUUUAAAAUUCUAACAAUUGAUCCUUGUAUUGCCAGAACAUAAAAUCACUGUAAACAAAAACAAAACAUGAUAUUUGUCGCUUAAAUAAAGCACCAGGUUUUCAGAAUAACAAUAAAAACAGCUUAACAAGCA